CGCUCCCAGCCCGUGCUCCGCGCCAGACCCGGCCGCCCGCCCGCCCGCUGCGGCUCGUCACCUCCGGGGUCCCAGCCUCCACGGGCCGGGGCCGCCGCCGCCGCCGCAGGACGGGGAGGCGGGCCAUGGCGUCCUGCGUGGGGAGCAGGACGCUGAGUAAAGAUGAUGUGAACUACAAGAUGCAUUUCCGGAUGAUUAACGAGCAGCAAGUGGAGGACAUCACCAUCGACUUCUUCUACCGGCCGCACACCAUCACGCUGCUCAGCUUCACCAUCGUCAGCCUCAUGUACUUUGCCUUCACCAGGGAUGACUCUGUCCCAGAAGACAACAUCUGGAGGGGUAUCCUCUCUGUAAUUUUCUUCUUUCUUAUCAUCAGUGUGUUAGCUUUCCCCAAUGGUCCAUUUACUCGACCUCAUCCGGCCUUGUGGCGAAUGGUUUUUGGACUCAGCGUGCUCUACUUCCUGUUCCUGGUGUUCCUGCUCUUCCUGAACUUCGAGCAGGUGAAAUCCAUCAUGUACUGGCUGGACCCCAAUCUUCGAUACGCCACCAGGGAAGCCGACAUCAUGGAGUAUGCUGUGAACUGCCACGUCAUCACCUGGGAGAGGAUUAUUAGCCAUUUUGAUAUAUUUGCAUUUGGACAUUUCUGGGGCUGGGCCAUGAAGGCCUUGCUGAUCCGAAGUUAUGGCCUUUGCUGGACAAUCAGCAUCACGUGGGAGCUGACAGAGCUUUUCUUCAUGCAUCUUCUGCCCAAUUUUGCCGAGUGCUGGUGGGAUCAGGUCAUCCUGGACAUCCUGCUGUGCAAUGGCGGCGGCAUCUGGCUGGGCAUGGUCGUCUGCCGGUUUUUAGAGAUGAGGACUUACCACUGGGCAAGCUUCAAGUUGCAGCUGACUGAAUUGAAUACCUUCUUCCUGAAACAUAUCUUUGUGUUCCAAGCCAGUCAUCCGCUAAGUUGGUGUAGAAUUCUCUUUAUUGGCUGCAUCACCGCUCCCACAGUGAGACAGUACUACGCUUACCUCACCGACACGCAGUGCAAACGCGUGGGAACCCAGUGCUGGGUGUUCGGGGUCAUCGGUUUCCUGGAAGCUAUCGUUUGCAUAAAAUUUGGACAAGAUCUCUUCUCUAAGACCCAAAUACUCUAUGUUGUGCUGUGGCUUCUUUGUGUGGCCUUCACCACCUUCCUGUGUCUGUACGGCAUGGUUUGGUACGCAGAGCACUACGGUCACCGGGAAAAGACCUACUCAGAGUGUGAAGACGGCACCUACAGUCCAGACAUCUCCUGGCCUCACGGAAAAGGCACAAAAGGUUCUGAAGACGGCCCGCCCAAGCACCCAGGCAACAACGAGAGCCAUUCUUCCAGAAGACGGAAUCGACAUUCCAAGUCAAAAGUCACCAACGGGGUUGGAAAGAAAUGAAAGACCCUGGUUAAUCAAAGAUGUUCCGGGGAGUGCCUAGAACUGGGAGGGGGUGGAACUGGCUGGAUCUCCCUGUAAGGAGGACGAAAUGCUCAGCGCUAGUGGGAAGGAGCGGGGGCUGGGUGGGGGUCAUUAUUUGAGAGCAAAAGCCUUGUUUCCCACAGACCCGGCCACACCGGGCGGACCAUUGCCUGGGGUCCUUGUCCACUUGGGGAUCUCUUCUAAUUUCCGCACUUGGCACGCGGUCACUGGUAGUAGUGCAUUGUGUUUGGAGGAGAGGGUAGCUAUUUACUCACAGUUGCCAAGAGCAGCUUUGUGCUCACGUGUGUUGUGGACGCAGUGUAAACAUCUCCAGACAGGGCAUCAACUGUACAGUUCAUGGACCGGUCACCAGGUUUUAUUUUUCAGAAUCUGCCUCUCUGUUUGACUGAUGGGUUUAAGUCCAGGCCGCGUCUCUGUCUUUUAUUUUGUUGUUCCUUGUUUGUAAGUGAGGACACUUAAAAGCCUUCAGAAGCCACUGCUGACAUUGAAUUGGGGGAAGGCUCCCCUCUAUUCUAGAGGAAAAUAAAAGAGGGGGCAUUUGUAUUACUGUCUAGCCACCUCCUCCCCCUUUUAGGACCUUAAGAGACCAGGCAGAGGAAAGGUUAGCUACCUACACAGGAUCCCGGGCUUCAGAGGGGAACCGCUUUGUUCCCUGUCGGGUGUCCCUUGUCCAGACCUCUCCACAGGGCGCAGGCGUGAGCCCGCAGAGAGGCAGCACUCCGCCCCCCCCCCCCAGCCAGGUGCCUUCUCCAUAUCGUCUGUCCUCCUUCCACGGUGUGUGGCUGACACUGUCCUUUAGUCCCACGUGAGGUGCUGGUGAGUAUUACCUUCCUCCGUGCCAUGCUCUGCAACACCGACCCGGUAGUUCAUCACCUCUGGAUCCCUGUUUUAAAUAAAACAAUUCACCUUAAAGCCCAUCAAA